AUGGAGAAGUCCCUGGAGCCCAUGGUGUUGGUUUCUCAGGCUGCCCAAGAGUCCAAUCAGUCGGGAAACGGGACCGCGGCUGCCGGCGUGUGCUGUUACUCGGGGCCCACGGACUGCGACGGGAAGCGUGAUUAUUGCAGCAAGGACGAGGCCAAUUGUGCCAAGUGUGGUGGUAAGUAUGUCGUCCCCGAGAGCUCCAGCCAGACGGCGUCUGGGAAAGAGUCCAUGGAGAAGUCCCUGGAGCCCACGUGUUGGUUUCCAGGCUGCCCAAGAGUCCAAUCAGUCGGGAAACGGGACCCGGCUGCCGGCGUGUGCUGUUACUCGGGCCCACGGACUGCGACGGGAAGCGUGAUUAUUGCAGCAAGGACGAGGCCAAUUGUGCCAAGUGUGGUGGUAAGUAUGUCGUCCCCGAGAGCUCCAGCCAGACGGCGUCUGGGAAAGAGUCCAUGGAGAAGUCCCUGGAGCCCACGGUGUUGGUUUCUCAGGCUGCCCACGAAGCCCAAUCAGUCGGGAAACGGGACCGCGGCUGCCGGCGUGUGCUGUUACUCGGGGCCCACGGACUGCGACGGGAAGCGUGAUUAUUGCAGCAAGGACGAGGCCAAUUGUGCCAAGUGUGGUGGUAAGUAUGUCGUCCCCGAGAGCUCCAGCCAGACGGCGUCCGGGAAAGAGUCCAUGGAGAAGUCCCUGGAGCCCAUGGUGUUGGUUUCUCAGGCUGCCCACGAGCCCAAUCAGUCGGGAAACGGGACCGCGGCUGCCGGCGUGUGCUGUUACUCGGGGCCCACGGACUGCGACGGGAAGCGGGAUUAUCCGAAGCAAGAACGAGGCGAACUGCGCGGAGUGCGGCGGCCGCUUUGUCGUCACCGGGAGCUCCGGCCAGGCAGCUCCGACGGAGGGCUCCGUUGCUUCCAGGGUCAAGGGCACGUUCCUCGCUGCCCACCAUCUGCCGGCCAGUCUCUCGCCCGCCUUCCUCCUCGCCGUCGCAGCCGCGUGCGCGGCAGUUGCGCCCGUGCUCGUCUUGGAGGGGCGCAGGCGCGGCAGUCCCAGGGUAAACAUGCCCGCUGA